AUGACAGGCUUCACCAUUGAGCUUGACCACCAAAAGGUGUACACUAGCGGUGACAUUGUCUCAGGGAGAGUGCAUCUAGCUGUGGAUGAGAAGGUCGAUCUAUCGUCCAUUGACGUCACUUUAUUCGGUUACUCGAAAUCCAGGAACAAGGUUCAUUCAGGUCAAGGCUAUGUAUCAAAACAGGAGAAGCAUUUGCUUUUAAAAAAGGAAGUGACGCUAUUUCCGCCACCUGAUAUUCAGGCCGUUUCAAAGACCGAUUCGUAUACAUUAACAGAGGGUUCUUACAGUUACAACUUCACUUUUACAUUUCCUGGAAAGGAACACAAUUCGGAUUGCAAAGUGGACAAGAAGUUCUUCCACAGUCACGGAUACACGAAGAAGGAGCAUCUUGAUAGUGUUGCCUUGGCACCAACGUACUUCAACAAGACUUCUUUCGACAAUUACUGCAAAAUUGAGUACUACCUUGAAGCUGUGGUCAGAAACCCGUCAAUUUUCAGGUUCAAUAGCAAAGCCACCAAGGACUUGAUGUUUCAUCCUGCGAAUCAAGACAUGACGUACUCGGUCAACCAUAUCAUGGGCAAAAAGAGCAUAUUGGAGGACUACGAAAUAUGCGAGAAGAAACUCAAAUUUGCCUCAGAUGGCAAAUUGAGGGAGGAUGGUUUCUUUAAUAGACUCUUCCUGUCUGAGGGAACCAUCGUACCUUUAAGUCUUGAUAUGGAGUUCAAGGAGGGUUUUGAAACACCCGUGGGACCAUCAAAAAGGGUCGUGAAAACAAAUGGACACAUAUCCGACUUCAUUCUGGUUUCCCUUUGGACACCAAGCAUCGGUCGAUCGAGGGAAUCUAAGAAGGAGGGGGAAGGUGAAAGAAUGACGCUCCGCAUCUCAAGCAUCAAGAUCAAGCUUAUCCUGCGAGUCCGCUACUAUGCCGUCAAACACUCUCGGAGAACAAAUAAGCAUGUGCUUUUGGAUAAAGCUCUUGACAACGAGAUCAGCCUCUCCGACUUCGAACCCGCCGAGGACAAUGUUCGGUCUGGAGUCAAGGGGAUGUUCAAGUUCGAAUUAGACCCCCUGUGGUACGACUGUGAUAUAACCGACGUGGGGCAAUCAUUCAUUACUUGCAAUGUUAAGCGAGAUUUUGAGCUUCAAGUGGCACUCGGAGUUGCAUCAUCCGAAGACAUAACCAAUGAGGUCGUCCUCAAAGCAGUCGGCCCAAUUAUUUUACAGAAGCUGGAAGGCAUUGACGUAAACAGACCGGACGGAUACGGAAAUCCACCGCCAGAGUACGGAGAUGAAAAAAAUAGUGAGCCAAUGGAAUGGGGCGUCUAG